AACUCUGUCUACAUUGCAGAGGGCUGUUAAAGUGAUGUUAACAAAAAAACCAAUAUAACAAAUGAAAAACACUUGAAGAAUAUGAAAAGAACAUUAGCAAUAUAAGUGAAUAAACAAACAACAAAUAAGUUAAUUGUUGCCAACAUUAAUAAUGUGGCUUGUAUAUGCAAGUGAAUGCAAAUGUUAUAAAUAGACAACACAAGCACAUAGACAAUGAAAAGACAUUAUGCAUAAAAGACAAGAAAAAACUGCAAUUGCAGAAUGCGAAAUGCAAUUGAGUUAAACCAAACCACAACAAAUAAAUACAAUACAACUCAUAAAUUAGGUGAAUAGUGUGAAUCAUCGAAGAUGGCACAAGGAGCCAUACAACGUUUUCACAAUCGUUGUGGUCGCUCGAUUACUUUGUGGGAUGGAAAUCGCUCGGCGCAGCGUUUGAUGCGAAACUUUAGCCAUGCUUUGGUUUUCAGCGCGGAGCCUCUGGUGGACGAUGUGCUUUUCGAGGUGGUGAUUGAAAAGAAGAGUCACUCGUGGGGUGGCAGCAUUGAGAUUGGCGUCACCUCGGAGUCGCCGGAUGAUCUGGAGCUGGUUGCCUGUGCGACAGCGAUGCGGAAUGGCACCUGGGUCAUGUCCGGCAUUGAUGUGCGCAAGGAUGGCCGUCGUCUGCUCGAGUUCUAUGGCACCGAUCUGGAGACACUCAACGAGAAUGAUCGAGUGGGUGUCAUGCGCACUUCAAACCAUGAUCUCGUCUUCUAUGUGAAUGGCGAGUCACAGGGCGUGGCAGCUAAGAACAUGCCCAAGCCCCUCUGGGCUCUCGUCGAUCUCUAUGGACGCUGUGUACAGGUUUCGUUGUGUCCCACUUCGGAUGCCAGUUCAAUGCUAAACAGCAGCAGCGAGCUCUUGGACUCACCGCUGCAGCAACCACUGCAGCAGGUGGUGCAGAAUCUCGACGUGCCUAUGAGCGUUGAUGUCAGCGUUGCCGAUAGUAGCAAUCUGGAUGCACUGGCUCGGCUGAAUUUAAACUCUGGCAGUGUGCUCUCUAGUUCAGCCAAUGCAGGUGCUGCUGGGGAAUACUAUGACAUCAAUGAUCGCUUACGUUUCCACACUCGCUGUGGAAGCUUGGUGAAAUUGGUGCCCAACUUUCGUUCGGCGGAGCGUCGACGUCCACUGGAUGAAUUUAACAAUGGCGUCGUCAUGACACAUCGUCCACUGCGCGACAAUGAACUGUUCGAGAUACGCAUCGAUAAGCUGGUGGACAAAUGGUCUGGCUCCAUUGAGGUGGGAGUCACCACGCACAAUCCCACAGUGCUGCACUUUCCAGCUACCAUGACGAAUAUGCGCAGCGGCACCAUCAUGAUGUCUGGCUGUGGCAUACUUACCAAUGGCAAAGGCACUCGACGACAAUAUGGCGAGUUCAAUUUGGAUGAGUUGCGCGAAGGAGAUCGCGUUGGCAUGAUGCGCAAAUCGAAUGGCAAUCUGCACUAUUACAUCAAUGGACAGGAUCAGGGCGUGGCGGCAACACGUGUGGCAGCUACGUUGUGGGGCGUUAUUGAUCUCUAUGGCAUGACCAUCAAGGUGACCAUUGUGGAUCGCGAUGAGCGGGAACAGCAAAAUCUAGUGACACGUCGCAACAACAUUGUCGCCGGCAUGGCUUUGGUUUGCAGUCAUGCGCAGACGGGCACGCCUACGCUGAGCCUGUUGAGCCCGGAAAGCGAGUUGAAUGUGGCUGGUGCAGCGGGCGGACUCAGCGAAACCAUUUCCAGCACACGGGCCAUUGCGCGCAACGACGACAGACUCACGUUUCAUCAUAUCUGCGGCAGCCACGCGACGGUUACGCAGAGUGGACGCACUGCGUUGCGGCCCAACGCCGCAGAUGACUUCAAUAAUGGCGUGGUGCUAACGCGACGUCCGCUGCGGCCCAAUGAGUUGUUCCAAGUGCGACUGGAGCGCGUGGUUACCAAAUGGGCAGGUUCCGUGGAAAUGGGCGUCACUACGCACACAGCCGACGACCUAGACUUUCCCUUUACCAUGACAAAUGUGCGUUCAGGGACCUGGAUGAUGACGGGAAACGGCGUCAUGCAGAAUGGUGUCACUGUGAUCGAGCAAUAUGGCCAGAAUCUGGAUCGCCUGCAGGUGGGCGAUCGUGUGGGAGUUGUGCGCAAAGAUGACGGCACUCUACAUUUUUGGGUGAAUGGCGUAGAUCAGGGACCAGCUGCCACUAAUGUGCCGGAGCGUGUCUAUGGCGUCAUUGAUCUCUACGGCCAGGCGGCGCAGGCCAGCAUCAUAGACACCUCCGAGUGCGGAAGUCCGGACACUGGCAACUCAACCAUUUCGAAUACAACGCUGUACAGUGAGGUGCCGCUGCGUUUCCACAAUAUACAUGGUGCCAAUGCGGGCAUUUCCAACAGCGGAUUGACUGCAUCGCGUCCCAAUUCUCUAGCGGAGUUCAAUGAUGCCAUUGUGUUUAGUAAUAGACCACUGCGAAAUCGUGAACUGUUCGAGGUAGAGCUGGAGACAAUGGUGCGUCAUUGGUCGGGCAACAUUGAAAUUGGCGUGACGGGCACGCGACCCGAGGACAUUCAACUGGCGCCCAAUGCCACUGAUCUCGAGGCGAACGAUACCAUCAUACUGUGUGGCCCCAUGAUCUUUCACAAUCGCAAAACCAUACGCACCAAUGUUCUCAUCGAUCUGGACACCUUGGGAACAGGCACGCGUGUCGGCGUCAUGCGAAACGGCGACUACAUACACUUCUUUGUAGAUGGCAUGGAUCAGGGUCCAGCUGGCGAGUGCCAUGCGCCCAACAUUUGGGCCAUCAUUGAUCUCUACGGGCAGUGCGCCCAGGUUAGUCUAACGCAAACGCAGCUGGAUAUACGUGCUCCAUAUGCCACCAGCGAGAACUCACAGAGCUGCCAAGCCACAUCGGUAAUACAACAUCCGGCGCUGGAGACGAAGCAUCGCUGGACUUGUGUCUCGGGUAGCGUUAGUUUGACCAAGGAUUGGACUGAAGCGUCGCGUUUUACUGGCUCAACGGCAGCGUUGUCGCAUUGUCUGGUUUUCUCGGAGCAUCCGCUGAGCGUUGGAUCGCCGUUUGAGCUCAAGCUGACCUCCAUCAAUCCCAUGUUUGCCGGCUGUCUCAGCAUUGGCAUCACCGAUCUCAACCUGGCCGACGAGAGCGUGCGCAAGAAGUUGCCCACUAGCUUGAAGCGUAUUCCGGCCAACGUUUGGUAUGUAAGUGGCAACGAGGUGCGCUACAAUUCCAGCUGUCUGCAACGAUCGCUGGCCUCGCUUGAGUGGCUACGUGUCGAUGAUCGCAUUACGCUGGAGCGUGUGGAGAAUUCGUUGAACAUCUUACUGAACUCGGAGAAUGUGAACAUACAGUUCCAUAACAUACCCAACGAUGUGUAUGUUGUGGCCGAGCUACUUGGCUCCACAAUGGCUGUGCAGGUGAUCUCCACUCAAGGCCCCGCAUCGCCGUUGCGUCCUUGUAGUCUGCGACUGCAGGAUUCGAUGGACUUUGGCAUGGACCCGCUGAACAAACAGGAUAGCUCAAUGCUGGAAUCUAUUGAUUCCGAGGCGCAGAAUUAUGAGUUUGUCGAUGUGUCCAAUAAGCAUGUGCGUCUUGGAGAUGAUCGACGCAGUGCCUGUCGCAGCAAGUCCUUCAAUCAGGCGAUCGUUUGCCUGAAUAAGCCUCUGUGCAAGGGUGAGAGCAUCAGCAUCAAGGUGGAUGCCAUCAACAAUAAAUGGAAGGGCACUCUCAGCUUGGGCGUGCUUUCGACCUGUCCGCAAGCCAUGUCCAUUCCCAUUUCGCUGUUGAACUGCAAGCGCAGCUGUUGGCUGGCGACCCAUGACUACAUCAACAUCAAUGGCCAGGUGAUGGCCUCCAAAUAUGGCGAAGUACUUGAUCAGAUCCAGCUGGGUACUGUGAUUACCAUGACGCUCACACACGCCGGGAUGUUGGUCAUCAUGGUGGGCUCUACAAAUCUAGAAGAUUUGGCCAGUGGUUUGCCAGGUCAUGUCUACCCCAUCUUUGAUAUCUACGGCAAGUGCGAGAAGAUCUCUUUGCUCACGGGCAGCGAUGCCGCGCGCAAUGGCAAUGCAAAUGGCACACCCAUACUGGAGGCACCCGAGGCUCUUGAGUUGGACAAUAUGCCGCAGCAAUGCGAGAAGGCGCAUCUGGAGAUGCAUGAGAAGGAGAAGGACACGGAGCAGCUGAGCGACAGUGCCAGGGAACUGCCAACAGGCGCUUCCACUUCUGCAGCUGGCAAUCUCAUGACACGUUCUGUUAUGGAGAGCGUCUCUGAGAAUCUGCUGCUUAAUAUUUCCAUUAAGAAUCGCACGCUGGAGCAGCAGCGCAACGAGCUGGGCGGCUCUUCAUCCACUUGCUGCCUUCGAGAGUCGCUGCAGUUGCAGCACAACACCAAUUUGAAUAUACAACGCAGCCAGAGCACGCAAAGGUUUCAAAACUCGCUGAAUACAUCGACAGGCGGCGGAGCCAGCGGUUCCAAUGCAGCUGGUGGCCAGACACAUGGCUCGAGCGGCGUUUACGACACAAACAAGGAGUACGAUGAGCAAGCACUGUGCUCCAAUGUAGUGUCCACGUCUAUGGUUGCCUCACAUGAGUCGGAGCACAGCGAGAACAAUGUGGAUGCUGUCGUCGAAGUCAGCAGCGAGCGAGAACGUGAACGGGAUCGUGAGCGGGAAUUGUCCAGCGAGUCUGGUGACAAUGUGCUGGAAGAUGAUGAGAUCGAUUAUAUGAAUCAUUUGCUGCUAUUGCAGCAACUACAGCAGAACGAAUACACGCGCAUGCAGCAUCAUUUGAUGCCCGAUCAAAUGUCGCUACUUAAUCUGGAUCUCUCGUCGCUUAACUCGGUGGAAUCCGAUACAAAUUCCAGCAGCAAUCCCAGGGAAUCGUUGCGUUCGGCGGCUGCUGCUGCCGGCGUGUUGGAGCAGAAUGAUUGCGAGUAUCUGAAGCAGGUGAAACGCUUCUGUGCUUCCCUCGUGCUGCCGCAGGCCUUUUUCGAUGUGCGACUCGAGCCGAUUUGCUUCUGCGCCAAGUGCAACGGCAACAGCACUGGAAAUGGCGACAAACUGGAGGGCUGGGUGUACUUUAAGCUCAACCAGCAGACGGUGAAUGCGCUGAGCGCAUCGACAUCAUCCGCUGCUGGAUCAGCGUCGACACAAGUGCAUCUGGAUUUGAAUGGCGAUUGGUUGCCGUUCUAUUACAUGACACGAGUGGAUAAAAUACGCGCAAUACUCGAUCGUGGGCAGCCGCUGCCACUGGAAAUGGACGAGGACACCGUCGCUGCCACGCACAAAGACGAGCCCGGCACACGUCUCGAGCUCUACUAUUCACCCAAUGCCACGGUAAUUGAACCGGUGCUGCCUCAGCAUCAUUAUGUGUCCGAGCAGGGCGUGCAUCGUAUUUCCACCUCGUUCGAGGUCUAUGUGCGUCGUCAGUCCAUCUCGGGCGUCACCACGGGCAAAACAGCGACCGAGGCCAAGCGUCGCAGUCUGCAUACAACGGAACACGAAGCUGCCAAUGAUGCGGGCUCGGUUGGAGUCGCCUCUGGUGGUGGUUGCAACAACAGCAGCGCUGGUGCCAUUAACGAAUCCUCGCUGCAUCUGCUCAACGAUCUGUGUUGGUUUACCAAAGAGGCAGGCGCCUGCAUCAUAAAUGCGUUAAUUAUUAAAUUAGAUCGCAUCGAAGAGCCAUCGAGCGAAUCUUAAGCCCCAAAAGUACACGACACAUUAAAACUAGUCACCAGCUUGCAGCCGAAUUUCUUAUAUUUAUCUCGCAAUUAUGAUAACUCAAACACUCUACGCUACGCUUACCACGCAUUCGUAUUUGUAUUCACAUAGGCAUUCCCUUUGUCCCUUCCUAGCCCAUUUAUAAGCCAUGACAUGUUUUGUAUUGUAAGCGCAAAUAAAUCUCCAAAUAUAAUCACAAAGUUAAUAAACACAUUGUGUGAAA